CUCUGUCUUUGGACUUGAGAACAUGCGUCUUAUCCCUGAUGCACAUCCAUGAGCUGCAGUCUGGCAGCAGAUCAGAGGCAGAGCGAGGAGCGCCACGCCGCAGCACGCCCUCCACAUCAUGCCUGAGAACCUCCCUCUACGUUGAUCCAGACUUACUGCUUCAUUUUUGUCUUUUUAGACCCAAAUUGAGCCAGAAUCCUAAAGUCCAGUCCAGCAGGGAAAUGGUGAACGCCUGGUUCGCUGAACGUGUCCACACCAUCCAGUCCUCCACGUCCAAAGACGGUUCCUCACAGCAGCAGGCUCAGCCGUCCUCCACAGACUUCAGCCAUUCUUCUGCCUCCGCCGUCCUCCCCCCGACUCUUAGCCUCCUGGACAACCGCUGUCCCUCCCCAGCCUCGAUUCCCAGCCCAUGUCCCGGCACGCCCACUCGCAAAAUCUCUGCUUCCGAGUUCGACCGGCCGCUUCGACCCAUCGUGGUCAAAGACUCCGAGGGCGCCCUGACGUUCCUGAGUGACUCUGAGCGAGAGGCUCUUCCUGUCUUGGGCUCUGCGAUGGGCGAGGGCGGGGUCACGGGGGGAGACCGUACGGGGGGUGAUCGCUGCGCCCGGCUGCUGGAGCUGGUCAAGGACGUGUCCAGCCAUCUGGAUGUGCCCGCCCUCUGUCAUAAGAUCUUCCUGCACAUCAAUGAGCUGAUUGCUGCAGAUCGCUACUCGCUGUUUCUGGUGGGGGAGGACAGCUCCAACAGGAAGUUCCUGGUCAGUCGCUUGUUUGAUGUGGCGGAGGGUUCCACGCUGGAGGAAUCGUCCAGUAGCUCCAUCCGGCUGGAAUGGAACAAAGGCAUUGUGGGUCAUGUCGCUGCAACGGGCCAACCGCUCAACAUUAAGAAUGCCUACAAGGACCCCAGAUUUAAUGCAGAGGUAGACCUGAUCACAGGAUACAAAACCCAGAGCAUCCUCUGCCUGCCCAUCAAAAACCACAGAGGAGAGGUUGUUGGGGUGGCACAAGCGAUUAACAAGACAUGUGGGGAAGACGGCGCCUUCACAGAGCAGGACCAAAAGGACUUCUCCGCCUAUCUGGCCUUCUCUGGGAUCGUCCUGCACAAUGCCCAGCUCUACGAGACGUCCCAGCUGGAAAACAAGCGCAAUCGGGUGCUGUUGGACCUGGCUACUCUGAUCUUUGAAGAGCAGCAGUGCUUGGAGGUUUUACUGCGGAAGAUUGCCGGAACCAUCUUGUCGUUCAUGCAGGCGCAGGCAUGCACGGUCUUCAUCGCUGAUGAAGAGUCAAUGAAUUCCUUCUCUGGUGUGUUUCACAUGGAACACGAGGAGCUUAGUGAAGUCCUAGAAGACCCCAAAAGAAACUGUGAUGUCAAGCAGAUCAACUACAUGUUUGCUCAGUACGUCAAAAGCACCAUGCAGCCGCUCAACAUUAGCGAUGUCACCAAGGACCAGCGCUUCCCCUGGACGAGUGAUUGCCCAGAUCACAUGAGCAACCAGAUCAAAAGUUUGCUCUGCGCCCCUAUCAGGAAUAGGAAAAAGGACAAAGUCAUUGGUGUCUGCCAGCUGGUGAACAAACUGGAUGAAGCAUCUGGCAGCAUUAAAAGCUUCAACAGAAACGAUGAGCAGUUCCUUGAGGCGUUUGCCAUCUUCUGCGGCCUUGGCAUUCAGAACACGCAGAUGUACGAAACAGUGGAGCGAGCCAUGGCCAAGCAGGAAGUCACUCUGGAGGUUUUGUCCUACCACGCCUCUGCCACAGAGGAGGAAUCGCAGGAACUCCAGGUAACCGCGGUUGCUACAGUUCCAUCUGCACAGUCACUGCGUCUUCUGGACUUCAGCUUCAGCGACUUUGACCUGUCGGACACUGAAACUACGUUGGCCACGAUUCGCAUGUUCACUGACCUCAACCUGGUCCAGAAUUUCCAGAUGAAGUACACGAGUUUGUGUCAGUGGAUCCUGAGUGUGAAGAAGAACUACAGGAAGAGUGUGGCCUAUCACAACUGGAGACAUGCCUUCAACACCGCCCAGUGCAUGUUUGCACUCCUUAAAUCAGGCCGACUGCAGAACAACUUAAGCGAUCUAGAGAUCUUAGCUCUGAUGAUUGCAACCCUAAGCCAUGACCUGGACCACAGAGGGGUGAACAACUCCUACAUUCAAAGGAGUGAGCACCCUCUAGCCCAGCUCUACUGCCACUCCACCAUGGAGCAUCACCACUUUGACCAGUGCCUCAUGAUCCUCAACACCCCAGGAAACCAGAUCUUGAGUGGUCUCUCUCUGGACGAGUACAAGGCCACUCUGAAGAUGAUAGAAAAGGCAAUCCUGGCCACAGACCUUGCUCUGUAUAUGAAGAAGCGGGAAGACUUCUUUGAGCUCACCAAGAAUAACCAGUUUGUUUGGGUGGAUGAACAUCACAGAGACUUGCUGAGGUCCAUGCUGAUGACCGCGUGUGACAUCUCUGCCAUCACCAAGCCCUGGCCGGUGCAGAAAAGGGUUGCUGAGCUGGUGGCCACAGAGUUCUUUGAACAGGGAGACAAAGAGAGGCGAGAGCUCAACAUUGAGCCUACGGACCUGAUGAAUCGUGAAAAAAGAGACAAGAUUCCCAGCAUGCAGGUGUCCUUCAUCGAUGCCAUCUGCAUUCAGCUGUAUGAGACCCUGGCGGGCCUGUUGGAGCACUGCUCGCCGCUGCUGGAAGGCUGCCAGAAGAACCGCCAGCACUGGAAGCGUUUGGCUGAAGACUGUGAGAAGGGACAGGUUGAUGCUCUGGUGUGACACCAGCUAGCAUUUCCUGUGACAUCACCGUUUCUAGAAAGAGACGUCAAACCAAGCGCAUCCAAACCGCAUUUCCAUAUCCCAACCCGACUUUUACAUUGGUGUUUCAGAUGACCAGGUAUUCUCUGAAAAUGAUGGCUGAUGGAAUCAGGCAGGAGGACAGCUGAAGACUGUUUCCAGGAAUGACAGAAACCUCACAAGCUUUUUGGGUCCUUCCCAGCUUUAUUUUACCAUUCAGCAAUUUUUACUGCUAAUAGAAAACUCCAAACCCCAAAGCCAGUAGAAGGCUUCAGGAGAACAGGAGGGACUUUUGUACCAAACAGGUUUUUAAAGCUGCCUUCUGCUGCCACCGUUUGUUUGGACACUGUAGAGACUAGAUGAAGCACGACGCUAUAUUUUCUACCUUAGCUUUCCUUUUUGCACAACGUGCUUUUUUGACGCCUCACGUCCACAGUCUGUCACACUGGUGGGUGAUUUGAUAUUUCAGAAUGACCUGAUAAGUUUGUAUUUGUUCACAGCAAACACGAAAACGUUUAGUCUUUUAUACAGUUUUCACAAUGUCUAAACUAUUGCAUAUUUAUUUUGUAUUUAUUAGAGUUUCUAUAUUGUACGGUUGGUUGAGAGCACAUGGUUCUUAGAGGUGACGUUUGAUACAAACAAUAUCUAUUUUUUCCUCAGGUGAUUCUUCAGAACCAGUCUGAAGAAUUUGCUGAUGAAAAUGGUUCUGAAUCUUUCCAGCGUCUUGUGAUAAAAGAACCAUCUCAAUAUAUUAAAAUAACUAAAAACAG